AGCAAUGGAAAAAUUGAUUCUUUGAAAAGGAUUUUAAUAUAUGAACUAUCAAUUUCAAUGUAUUUACUUGUUAUAAACGGCACACUGAGUGGCUUUGUAUUGAUUGAAUACCCGAAAAUAAGGUGUUCCUAUAUCAUACAAACAUAUAAAGUUUGGCUUUUGAAUUGGCAUCAAUAGUUUAAUAUGUCUUAGGGAUAAAAUAUAUAAACAAAUUUCUUAAUCUGAAAAUUUGUGAUGAAAAAUGUGGUUGGAGAUUAAUUAGAAAACUGAAAUUUUGUGGCAUCUUAUUAUUAUUUCUGCCGUGUGAAAUUAAAUUCAGUAUUACAAUAAGGAAUAUAGUAUACUGAUUUUUGUGAAAGGAAGUUUUUUACAAAAUCGUAAUAUUAAUUGCAUAAAAGAUUAUUUGUUUACGUGCGACAAUAUUAUGUCGAGAUUCUUGUGUUGAUGAACUCAAAUCAGAUGUGCAAAAAUGAGCUACAGAACUGUAAACAAUAGAGUGUUUGGACAGCCUCAAGGAAAAGCCUCCCUAAAACAAGACUUUACUGCAAUUCAAGUGGAAGACCCCCAUGGGCAGGAUGUCCCAGGAUCCCCUCAACAGGUGACAGUGUCAAGACGACAGGUUCAAAGGUCACCUCAGCAGAAUGGCACUGGCAGGAAGAUUGAUGACCUGGUUGCUAGACAGGAUCAAUUGUUAAGCCACCAGAUGCAAGUGUCAGCACGUCAAAAUGAGAUCGCCGACCAUCUGAAGAACCAGAAUGAUGCCCUCAACCAGGCACUACUUAAACAGAUCCUUAACAACAAGGACAACAUGAUGGCCAACCUUGCACAUCAACAGGCAGCAGAAUGGGAUGAUCACACCAGGGAGCUUCUACAACAGCACGUCAAAUACAUGGUAGCCAUUAUACAGAGACUUAACACAGAUAUAGAGAGUAUAUUGGCUGAGCUGCAUGGUCGAGACAUUGCUGUGAUUGGAACAAAUAAAGCUGUAAACAAACUAGAGGUUCAUCAUGUUACCAUGUUACAAGAUUUACGCGGCCGUAUCGCACGAUGUGAUGGUGCCAUCUCCAAACACACCAAGGAUAUAGUAUUGUUGAUGGAAGAGAUACGUCGACUGGAGCAGGCGCUGCAGCUCACUCGUGAAAAACUUUCCGGGGAUAUACACCGUUUAGAGGCAGAGGUGAUUUCAAUGACUGGGGAACUUGAGAGACAGCAUACUGCUCAGCGUUCAGAGCUUACACAUCUCCGUAGUGAUGCCCUCCAUCGAAUCAACAUGCUUGAAGACAAACAGCGUGCAAACAUGGCUGAGUUUAGAGAUGCUUUAGAUGGAAACCAGUCUAACACUGACCAUUAUUUGGAACGUAUGGAGGCAAAGUUCAAAGCUAUGAUUGAUAAAGCCACUUCCAGCUGGGGUGAUCUGAUGGGUCAAGUUGACAGACAAAUAGAGCAGUACAUGAUGUCCAUACUGUCUCGUCUGAACAAGUUAGAAGAACAGAUGGCACUAGAUAAAAACAGAGUUAAAGACAUACAACAUAACAUUGAAAAUCAAGUUCUGGCCACAAUUCAGGAAUCUUUGUCAUACAAUGAUGCAGAAUUAGCCAGAGCCAAACUGGAGUUUAGAAAUGGAUUUACAGAAUUACAAGAAAGCCUUUCAAAUAUGAAACACGUAGUUGAAGGGCGUAGAAAACUCAUGGGAAACCAAAUGAAUAGAGAGAUUGGACAGGUUAAAAAGGCAUUAUACAUGGAGCAGCCAAAUUAUCAGCAGGAAGGAAAAACGGUUAUAUUCAGAAAUGUAGAUAAAUCUAAUGAGUGGUAGCAAUGUCUACUUUUGUGUGUGUACAAUUAUUAAAAGUUAAGCUUGUGUACUAAGGAGUCAGGUUAAGGUGGCAUAAAAUGCUUUGUGAUGCACCCUUAAUAAUUAUAUUAAUGAUAUCUGAAGGAAGAAGAUACAUGUACCAGUGUAUUUAGAAAUGUGGAUAAAACUAACCAUGGUAUUAAGCAACAUCUAUGUUUACUUGUGUGCAAAAACAUUUAUAAAACUUUAAUUAAUCUAAGUAAAUCAAGCAUUUCAGUGACCUUAUUUGCAAACAGAUUUUAAUCAUGUAAUGAGAAUCAUAGUUUAUAAAGUCUGAACUGAUCAAAGGUGCUCAAUCACAUUUUUAAUAUAUUUUUAAGAGAUUUAUUUAAGGAAUAAAAGGACCCACUUCACAGUAA